AGUACUAAGUGGAACAUGGGUGUUUUUCUUUUGCCUUCUAGAUUUUAUUUGUUCCAAUUCUAGCUUCUGUGGUGAAUUUGAAUUUUUGAAGUGUUGUAGUGCAGUUCUUUUCUCUAAUUGUCGUGGUUUUUCUCGCUCUUUAAUUUGGUUUCCAUUGCAAAUUCAUGUUACUUUUAUAAUGCAAGUAAUCUGAAUUUUGCAGGUUCCGAAGUCAGUGCCUCUGAGAAGUUUGUCUUACUUGCUGGUCCAUUUGUCUAUGGACCCAUCACAGUAUUCCCCAAAAUUUGGAGCUUCAAAUGAUUCUGAUUGGGAAAGCCAUCAGUCCAACUUCAAUCUACCGUUUACUGAUAUUUGUACUCUUUCCAAUUUUCUCUUCAAUGAACUUUUUAGUAAGUUUGAACAGUUAUUCUCUGGAUCUGAAAGAGCUAGGUUGCAGUUGGAUAUUUUGGUCCAUCUGGAAGACUUGACUCUGCUGUUGAGAUUUUGUUUGGGCAUGCUGCGGUUGCUAGAAUUUAACCAAGGUUUUCUUUUGGAAAAGUGCAAGAUUCUUAUUGCAAUACUUGGCAAAUUAUGUUCUUCGGAUUUAAUGUUGCAUAUUUCAUACCUGGGGGAUAAUGAGAAACACGCAUUGAGGUUCAGAAGAUCAUUUUCACGUCAAUGUUUUUAUGCUAAUGAUAGAGGCUUCACCACAUAUGUUGAGGAGUACAAUGCUUCCAUGUGUAUUGUUGAAGAAGCUGGUUCACCAAUUCCUUUUCUUUGCUCACUGCUAGAGGUCUUUGCAGAUGAGCUUUUAUUGCAUAGAGAUUUGCGACAGUAUUUUAUGAUAGCAGAUUCUGUUUCUUCUACAAGUGAAAAGCUAUUUAUGUGCCACAGCAGUCACGGUGAUAGUGACGAUGUGCUGGAGGUAAUCUCUGCUCACUUUCUGCUAUCAUUUUCUGAUGAACAAGCUUCUGGCAAGUUACAUAAUGCCUCUCUCUGGUGGCACACCGAGGACUUGAGGACUUCCAAACUAAGCUUGACUGCAUCUCUUGCAUUGCUUGGCUCCCCUGUAAUCUCUUCUGCACCAAAAAUGAUCCAAGCACAUCUAAUUUUCAUGGUUUCUAGGGCUAUUGGUAUUGAUAUAAUUCCCCAGAAUAAAAGAUUAGAUCUCAGUAUUAUGAAUUGUUACAUAUCAGCAUUAGAAAGAGCAAUCAUUCUGUACACUCAAAGCAUAUCUAGUUUACAAGUUGGUGAUGAUCUUAUUGGAUAUUACACUGGGACAUUUUCUUCUGUUCGACCGACGAUAUGGAAGAGAGGAUGGCAUCCAUCAUUUGAAUUUUAUAUUCGACCAGUCACAUAUAAUAAAGUUAAUCAGAAAAUUACUGAAUUGGCCUGUUCCCAACCUUCAUGUGUUUGUGAUCUCAACUCCAGAAAGAAGUCUGACUUACUGAAUGCCUCUAUUUCGUACAUGAAGGAUAAUCAAUCUGUUCUUGACAAGUCAUCGAGAGAAGAGAUACUGUCAAUUUUAAAUUGCAUAAUGUCAAGAAUUCUUUCUCAUGGAUUCCAAGGUACUACUACUCACAAACGUGGGUAUCUAGGUUUCGAAGAAUUUCAUCUUCUUGCUUCAAUACUGAAGUUACUUAGCAAUUCACUGCUGCAAACUGUUUGGUUUAUGAGGCAAAAUGGGAGUUCAGAAUCCCAUAAAACUUUGAAAAAUUACUCAUGUUGUAAGGAGCAUGAAUUUAUAAUAGGCAUUAUUGGCUGCUUUCAACAGUGCUGUGUUAGUCAGCCUGUGCAAAAACUCUUUCCUGAAACAAUGGGAUCUUGCCAAAGUAGACAUAAGGAGUCCAAGCUGAUGUUUAUGCACUUUGUGGGCUUGUUACUAUUCAGCUUUGACAGGGAGCUUGAGUUCUUAUGGAAAGGAUGCAUAUUCAUUAUGAUGACACUGAUGAAUCUAUUCCUUUUUGAAGAGGGGAGUUUAGAUGCAUUGAAGGAAUUGCUUGGAUUGGGAAAUAAAUCUCUCUCUUCCAGAUCUUCUAUAGAUAAAGUCUCACAGGUUCAGGUCUUUAGAUAUUCUAACCUGACAGUUGCAUCAGAAUUUCAGAAGAUUCAGAUGCUGCACUUGAGCAAAGAUUCUCUAUCAAGAUACGAAGUGGGGAAACAAGAUAGCCUAUCAGAAACCUCAGCAAGUACUCUGCUCCAAGGUGCAAGGGAAAGUGUAGAAGGCAUAGUGGAAAAGACCUGUAAUGGGGAGAUCUUUAUGAAAUCUACACCAGAAUUCCAUUGGAAAGCUUCUGAUAUUAAUGAUUUGUCUGAUUUUAUUGAAUGCAAGCAGGGAAAGGAUUAUUCUAAGUGGUUGAAGGGUCGAGAAAAGUACCGCAAGUGGAAAUGUGGAAAAACAGUAGUUGUAAGGCGGGAACGGAAGAAAUCAUUUAGGUUUCUUUUAGGUGACUAGAAAUUAGUAUUCCCUACCCCUUCUUGAUUUCCUUUAUUAUUUUUUUUCCCCAUUUGUACAGAAAUUUUGUAUAGUAACCAUAGCCCUUUGUCAUAA